UAUCAUUACCUUCAAAAAAUAAUUCAGCUUUCGCACUUUGUUUCUAACUUCUGAAUUAUUUUUGAAAGUAAGUUAAAACAUAAAAUUAACAAAUAUUAAAAAAAAAUUUUUAUUUGUUAUGUUUUCUUUUUUAAAUUUGAUUAUCAUUUUUAUUUGAAAGCAAAUGAAAUUAAAUAUAGAUGUAAUUAAAUCCGUAUAUAAUAUAUCGAAAAGCAUCGAGUGUGAUCUGUUUUUCUUGUUGGUCGAUUACUAGAAUAAUCUACGGUAUCAAUCAAGACACUAACGAAUCUCAAUUAGUGUCAUCAGGAAUCGCUUAAUGGAAGGUGUUCCUCUUGAUUAAAGGUGGCACCUCCGUCAAACUCGAAAUCGUAACGCGAUACCCCACGAACAUAUUUUGUAUUAAUUUAUAUGGUAAAUUUCACGUUGAAGUAUACAGUCGCUAACAGGGGAUUCGUCAUUGUUUGUAUAAACGAAAAGUACAACAUCGCGCGCGGAACAUGGACGAAUAUGCGUACGUGAGUUCCAUCGGGACUCCUAAGGAUUAAUCGUAAGACACCACCGGAAGCCAACGAUAUGUGACGAGUUGUUAAAUUUCGAUAUACUUUUGUCUGUUGUAACCUUCAUCGCAUAUUGCCUGAUCAGGAUUUAAGGUCACUUGACGAUGUUUGAAAGCGACAUUGACAACUGGUAUGAUUGGAAGAAAGAUGAUGAUGUUGUUAAUGAGAUACACGCCGUAAAAAAUGCCGAGACUAUAAACGGUGUAUGUAUGAUAAAUUCCGAUCGUUCGAAAAAUUUCAUGCCUAAUGAUGGCCAAGGAAAAACCUCUCGAAGCAACGGGAUGAUUCGCUGUGGUGCAAUUCCUACUAGUUCCAGAUCUGGUACCGAAGUUCGAUUCAUCAAUCCGGCAAUUUAUGCAGAGACCUUAAAUAACGAGGAUGUAGAACACGAGGUUGAAAUUCAAGUGAGAGUCAAUUCGAAAAACGAUGGACGGCACGUACCUAAUUGCGGUGAUUCCGCGGAAAUGAACGAUAUGAUGUCCACGCUGUCUAUUAACAAUGGUCUGGCCACUUCGUUUAUGAAUCAUGCCGGUGAUCAAGGUUCAGCUCAAGAAACGUAUCGUUGUUAUUCCUUAAAUUCACCGACCACAUCCGCAUCCUUACAGUCCGAUAUCGCUCGUUCCAAGUCUGUGACUUCAUAUACACCUUUAAAUCGAAUCGAGAGACGAUGUAGGAUUCCUGAUGAAGCGGACGAUAAGUACGAACUUCGGCAAGUCGAAUCGGAAGUGCAAAGAUACACAUUUAAUGGACAUAGGAUCGUACAAGUUUCUACCUCAUCGGUAUCCAGUAUCAGAAUAUCGGAGAAAAAAUCGAACGAAUCGUAUCUUGCCAAGAAGAUCACUUACAGCGAGUGGAUACGAAGAAAGCAAGAAAUGGCGCGGCGAAAAAAGGAGGAGGAAGAACAGGCUCAGAGACAGAAGCAAAUAGAGGCGGAAAAACUGGCUCGUGAAAAGGAAGAAAGAGAAUUCCGAGAGAAAGAAAAUUUCUUAAAAUGGUCCGAGAAGAAGAAAAAAGAAGAGGAGAAGAAGAAGGCUGUUAUUGAGAAAGAAUUGACGUUACAAAAACAACUAAAAGAGGUCGAGGAUAAAGCUGCUGUUGUGAAAACUCUAUAUCUUCGUCAAUGGGCACGUAAAAAGAAGGAAGAAGAAAAAGCACGUCAAAAAAAAGAGGAAAUGAAACGAAAACAACUCGAAGAAGAGAGGAAAAAGAGAUUAGAGGAGAGCACGAAAGCUUAUGAAAAUUGGCGCAAGAUGGCGAAGAAUAAACCGAAGCCUGCCACGCAAGGACUUUUACCUCAUCAAAAAGCUAAACCAGCAUACGUGAAUCCUACGCCAUGGCAGCGAAUCAUCGACGACACCGAGGACGUCGAGGAAGAUGCAUUCAAUGUUGGUAGAAAAACACAGAGUCAGCUGAAGAUUAGCAGUAAGAGAAAUGCAACAUCUUUUCAGUGAUUAAAAUCGUCGUAUAAUUGGAACUUGGGAAAUUUGUAUGGUUUGAAGAAUGAUCAUAUGGUUAAAUACUUCUAUUGCCUCGAAGUAAAAUAGAAUUAUAGAGAAGUAAUGGACGAAACAAAGAAUAUCAUUAUACUUACUUUGGAUCGCAGAUUCGUGUACGUUCGUAGGAUAUCCUUGUGCAGGAUAUACCGUACAAUUGGAAUGAUAUUACACGCAUUACGGCAUAGUAGAUAUUCUGAUAAAAAAUAAUUAUAUUUUCUAGCAAAUAUUCUUUGAUACAUACACAUUUUCACGUUCGUCUUCUAUGAUGAAUAUUAACAAUGAAUAUUAACAUAUAUCUGAAGCUAAUCGCGAACAGCGUUCUUCGACCAAUAUUUAGAUGCAUUAAGACAACGAAGGAGAAAAUUAUCUCCUUUACCUUCAUUUUUAUCUACUCGAAGAUUUGUAGAUAGUAAAAAAAAAAAGAAAAAAAGAAAAAAUAUGGAAGCAAAAUAAGGAGAACUUGCGUGAUGAUAAUUAAAAGAAAUGUAUACGGAAAAACUGAAUAUUUUUAUUAUUUGUAUUAUUAAUACUGUAAUGUAUAUUACAUGACGUAGAUUCAUUAUAUAAUCGUAAUUUUUACACGGGAUCAGGAGAGUGCUUCUAUUCAUUCGUUACAUUAGACAUACCUUGAGAAAAAGAAUAUCAAAGAUUGAUCAAAUAGAAUAAUUCCAAUACACAAGAGGACAUAGAAAGUGGCACAUAUAAUUAUUUUAUCUUCUGCUGAAUAUACACUUUAUUCUUUCUCAAUGUAUGUCAUAUUUCAUACACACAAAUAUUUAAAGGUGUAAGUGAACAAUUACACGGUGAUUAGCAUCGUCCAAUGGAUCUAUUUGAUCAUACUUUCUUCUUCUUCUUGAAGUCUCUCUAUAUCUGAUUUGUUCAUGAAAUAAUAGGAAGGUUGCCGUGAUUUCUAAAAUUUCAAAAUAUUAUAGAUUAUUAUUAUUGAAUUGUUAGCUACUUGUCAGAAUAUAAAAAUUUCUUACUAAAUCCUUCACUAUACGUUUUGCACCCGCUUUGAUAAGAAUAUUACUUAAUUCUUCAACAGUUAGUAAACCCAUUGCAUAAUGUAAAGCUGUUCUUUCCAACUGAAAUGGAGUGUCAAAAAUCUUACAUCUUUUUUUUUUUUUUUUUUACAACUGAAUCGAAAAUAAAUGAUUUAUUAAAUUAA